AUGCCUUCCCUGCGAACCUUCAUCCCGCAGGGCACACCCACAAUGCCUCUCCAAGACUUGGCGAAACGAAUCAAUAUCAAGAUAACGAGCAGCAGCCCACCGGGGUUGGUCGCAGCGAGUACAGAAGAUCCAUGGUCGAAGUCGGGGAAGUAUGCACUCGGCUGGGUAUACUUCUCGAUCAUACUCCUCGUCCUCACAUGUGCGAUACACUGGUACCAUUACUGGACGGACAAGAUCAGAAGGGCAACACAUAAAGAGGAGGUCAUGAAAAAGUCGUCGAAAACAUCGUCGCCGGAUACAGACUACGAGAUGGCCAAUUUGCCAACCAAUUGCUCGUCACGGAAAUUCUUUCCCAGGGACGGUGAGCUGCCGCAGCAGGAACCCGAAGAAGAGCUGCCGGACUACUCGUUUGGACCCUUCAACAACGCGCUUGCGCUUGUUCGAUUCGUUUUCUACCGACCCAUCCCAGUCCUACGGUACAGGAAACGGGAGUUCCAGUUCCCUGGUCCUGGCGCAGCGUUCAUCGUACUCGCAGCUUUGGUCUUUGUGACACUCUACUGCUUUGUACCGCAACCGCUGUACUACGCCAGUAUUGGCUUUGGAUCUCCACCGUUGGCUAUCCGUGCUGGAAUGCUCGCAGUCGCGAUGAUGCCAUGGAUAAUUGCGCUUAGUACGAAAGCUAACUUCAUAACUUUGAUCACCGGAAUUGGUCAUGAGCGGCUCAAUGUCCUGCACAGAUGGGCAGCAUACAUCUGCCUUUUCUUGAGCUUGAUACACACCAUCCCUUUCUACGUAACACCAAUUUGGGACGAGGGAGGCUUGAACACGUUCAAAAGCUAUUUCAACGGAACUCUCUAUCCAUAUAGCACCGGAAUUGCGGCUCUAGUUCCUUUGAUCGUGCUUUGCCUACAUUCGCUACCGAUACUGCGGCACAAGAUGUACGAGCUCUUUGUGGCUCUGCAUGUUCCGAUCUCCAUUGUCUACCUUGGAAUGCUCUUCUGGCAUUGCCACAACUACCUAACGUCGUGGAACUACCUAUGGGCAACUACCGCUAUCUGGCUGGCAUCAUACUGUGUUCGGCUUUUCUACCUCAACUGGACGAAACCUUGGCGACAGUCAUCAUUGUUCAUUGGCGAUUCCGCGGCAGUGACAAUACUUCCGGAAAAUGCUGUCAAAGUGACGAUCCCGACACAGGUCAAGUGGACUCCCGGCCAGUACGUCUAUCUGAGGAUGCCUGGCAUCUCGAUCUUCGAGAACCACCCUUUCACCAUUGCCUCGCUGUGUAGCAACGACUUCAGGUCAGAUUUCGGCGAGGGGCAAUACCGAGACAUGACCCUAGUAUUCCGUCCCUUCGGUGGCUUCACCCGGAAGGUGCUUCAGUCAGCUGUCGACAAAGGGCCUGAACAUGUCUAUCAAGCUUUUAUCGACGGACCUUACGGUGGCAUGCGGAGAGACUUGGCGUCCUUCGACACUGUGAUCCUAUUCGCGGGUGGCAGUGGCAUUACAGCAAUCGUCUCCCAACUUCUCGACCUCAUCAAGAAGAUGCGCGACGGCAAAGCCGUGACCAAACGAGUCCAUCUGGUCUGGGCACUCAAGCGUCCCGAAACAAUGGAAUGGUUCAAAGAGGAAAUCCGCAUCUGCCGGGAGUUUGCCCCACCAGAGACUGUCCACUGCCAGUUCUUCAUCACAGCCGCCAAGCGUAUGCUGCCCGGCCAGCAGCAGAUCCCACCUUCGCCUUCACGACCCUUGCAUGACCUUCUCCACAAACAAAUCGACAGCACCUUUCAAGGCAUCGCCUCGAAACGCAACAGUGCGCUAAUUCAAGAUGCCGCAGCGGGCGAUCCUGAGAAGAUGAGGGAACUCCGGGAUGAGAAUGAAGAUGCCAUCUCCGCCCUCCCGCACCCAACUUUCCUCCCUCCGCCCAAAAAGGCGUACACUCGCAACAAGCCCUCCCUCACUAUACCGACUCAAAACCUGGCACCCGCGCAAGACAAGAAAACAUUCGACUUCGGCUUCCCAUCCACACCUACCAUGCUGCAAAAGAACCUCAUGCGCUUCGCCUUCAUGCCGGCUUUCAACCCCAAGAAGUCAUCUUGGAGCACCGAGUACGGACGUCCGGAUAUCCCUUAUAUGCUCAAAGGAUUCGAGAGGGAAUUCGGUAAGAGGACAUGUGUGUUUGUAUGUGGGCCACCGAGCAUGAGAGUGGAUGUACAGAGGAUAGUGGCUGGUAUGCAGAGGGGUGUCUGGAGUAGUGAUAGGGAAGAGGUAUUCUUGCAUACGGAGAAUUAUGCUAUCUAA